GCCUGCUCUCCCAAUAAAUAAAGAAGCAGCUGGGCAUCUGAUUCACCAUUUGAGCACUGAGCUUCGACCUCACUUAUCAUGCAGGCUAUGGCGACCACCCUUCGGCACGGUGCCCACGUCCACCCGCUGCAACUGAUGGGAAAGUCGGAAACCAACGGGUUGGCGUCAAGUUGCGGCGGUUGCGGCCUGCCCUUCAGACCGGGGAGCGUCCUUUACGGCUGCCGCAGUUGCUGUUUCUUCCUCCACCGCGGCUGCGCCCUGCUGUUGCCGUCGCUUGAAGGCCACGCUGCGCACCGCCACCACUCACUUUACCUUGUUUAUGCACCGCCCGCAAGCAGCAGAGGCGCGCUUGCCUGCAACAUAUGCGGGAACGCCGUUAGCCAGUUCAACUACAACUGCCACAGUUGCAACUUCCACGCCCACCCCUUCUGCCUUCAGAUGCCUCAGGUGGUCCGCUGCCCUGCCCACCAUCACCCUCUACACCUCUCGUACAGCCCACCUUCGGAGAGAAGCACUUACUGUGACGUUUGUCGCCUUCAGAUACACUAUUGCUGCUACAGCUGCAGCUGCAAAACUUGCGUCUUUGAUCUGCACCCAGACUGCACGACUAAGCAACUGGCCUACCCGGGAAGAAAGAAAGGGUAUAAAAGAGAAAAAGUAAAGAAAGUCUUUGAACUCACCGCAGGAAUCGUCACGAAAACUCUAUUCGGUCAAGUAGUGCUUGGGACUAUUGGUUUGGAUGGGGCAAUGGACAUCCUGGACUACACAGAUGUUGAUAACGAUGAUGAAGAUGGCGGCGACGUUCCCGAUAUUGGCGGUGACUUUCCCGAUGGCAACGACGACUUCAGCGUCAACAUGGACACCUUCUACGACCUCCCUGCUUCUGAUGGUACUGUCGACGAUGCCUUACAGGAGGAGACUAGCUGCUUGCUUCUGUCGCAUGUGGAAGGGAUGGACGCGGGUACUGGGACAAGUUCCACCUAACCCCCUUCAACCUGCAGCGAUGGUAAUGGCAGUAUCAUGAAGGAACCAGAAGUCUCCGAUUUGAAUAAGUUGCUACGUCCGAAGUAUUAUCAUAUCGAAGCGGUUAGCGUCUGUAGUAGUCUCAGGUUGAAACCCAUCGUCGCCUGUACUACAACUAGUUAUCACUGCUUGUUUAUGCUUAAUGUUUCUUUCGGUUCAUCGUCAA